CGCUGGCGGCUGGCCGCAAACAAAGAAAUCUUUAUUAUUUACAUAAAAGAAAGUAAUUGAAUUAGAACGAAUUUAAGCCAAAUACAGGAAGAGAAUGUCUCGCCUAGUAUCUGGAGUCCGAACAUUAUUCCGUCGUUAUCCUUUUGUGACCAAUAGCGCCAUCUAUGGAAGUCUGUAUGUUGGGGCUGAGUAUUCUCAGCAAUUUGUAUCAAAACGCUGGCUGCCUUCUCCGGCCGAGCGUGAGGAUAUCGAUUAUGCAACUAUAGGAAGAUACGCAGUGAUGGGUACCGCGGCCUAUGCCCCAACACUAUACUUUUGGUACAAAUGGCUAGAUCGCACUUUUCCCGGCACUACUAAGGUGAUUAUUGUUAAGAAACUGGUACUAGAUCAGUUUGUUUUAACGCCUUAUUUAUUGACUAUCUUCUAUGCAGGCAUGUCCCUAAUGGAGGGCUCUGAGGAUACUUUCCUGGAAUUGCGCGAGAAGUUUGUGCCUACUUUUGUGCGCUCCUGUAUUUUCUGGCUGCCGGCACAGGCCUUGAACUUUACUUUGGUGGCGCCCAGAUUUCGGGUUAUCUAUAUGGGUGUUUGCGGUCUAAUUUGGGUGAAUAUUCUCUGCUGGAUCAAGAGACAGAGUCUGCCGGUUGCCACAACGCCUCACAACAAUGUGCCUUCUUCUGCUGCCAUCAAGAAUACUGAAACAUGAGAUUUUGAAUAUAUAUAUACGUAAUAUAUCCAUCGUGUAUAUAGUCUUAGAUAGAAUUUUCUAUAUGAUUUGGCAAAUAAAG